AUGAUUUCUUUAUCUACCUUAUUAUCUACAUUGCUGCUGCUUUUGAGCCACGACUGCCAAGCCUUUGUCACGAAAUCCCCAUCCUCGUCAGUGACUCAACAACACACGGAGUCAGCCUCAAGAAGCCGGCCACAUAAUCACCUGCUUGCUGUCCCUCCUCAAUCUCCUUGGGACGAGCUCAAGAGUAGACUGGGAGGAAUUAGUGAUUCUUCUCAAAAGUAUUCGAAAGGUGAACCAGGUCUCGAUUAUCGCCCUACCUACGAAAUAAAAGAGGAUGACGAUGGACCAGAAUUGAGCAUGAACGAACAACGGAUUGAAAGUGGCAAGGCCUUGGUUGCCGGUGCAUUGAUAGGAUCACUCAGUGUGGCUCCCUUGACAUAUUUCCACUAUUCGGACUAUAGUAUGGCGCAGUUUGAAUUAGCUACGGAUAUGGCGGCCAUUCAAGCGGGGCUCUUUGCGAUUACAUAUAGGUAUGUGUCACGAAAGGGAGACAACAAUCCCAUGCUCAGUCAAGGAGCAGUGGGCGCUUUUGCAAUUGUUCGGACACUGAGCAAUAUUCAAGCGUCUACUUCGUGCUCGGCAUUUCCAUUGACAUGCGGCGAGCCACUAGGCUACUUUGACUGGAACAUGAUCUAUCAGGCGGUUCUGUACGGAGCUGAAAGUUUUGUCAUGUUUGGUGUCACCGCGGCAGCUAUGGAGCUGGCAUAUGACAAGAAGCUGAUUCGAAGAUUCUCUUUGCCAUCAUCAUCGUAA